CACACAACGGAGCUGCGCAGGAUCCAGUGAAACACGGAGAAAGUGGCAUUUAAAUCAUUUCUCGCGCUGUAUAUUAAAAGUAUUUGAUUAAUUUGAAACUAUAUGGGAAACUGAAGUUACUAAACAACGUGAGAUGCAAUUAUGGUCCUGCGCUUCAUCAUAAACAAUCGCGUUUAUGAGCUAUACUUUACUCUUAUGCUUUAUGAAACAGUCUUCUAUUGUUAAGCUUGAUACUGAGAUAGAAAUAGGAAAGUUGAGACAUGGGAUCCAAGUUGACCAGGCAGAGUAGUUUGGACAGCCAGGCGACUUCCUUUUGGAGAGGAGGACGCCACCAUCACGAGAGCUCUGGGAAUGCGGCGGGGAGGAGUGGGAGAAGAGGAGAGUUUCUGUUUAGUUCUCUGGUGCUGAAUUCGGACAAGCUGCCCGGGAUGAUGCGUAAAUCUAGUCCCAGUCCAUAUGUCCAAAGAGUGGCUUGGGUUCGGGAGAUCCAAUCCAUGCUAAAGGAACAGAAUGUGGAACAAGCCAUCGGCGUGUUGAAACUGCUUAGAAAGGACUUGGGUCUUGAGGGCACAUUUCUUAAUGACAUCCUCUACAAGAAUGCUGCCUUCCUCAACCUAGCGGAUCCAAUCUCCCAUGAGCUUCUGCUCAAUUUGGCCCGUGACAUGCAGUGUCCAAAGCGGGAGUCUGAUGCUCUCAAGUCCUCUGAGAAGAUCUGCAGGCAGCUGAUCUAUCACCUGACGCCUCACUCUAAAUGGAGCAGACAGAACGUGCCCAGGAGGAAGUCCCAAGCCUGUCUUAAAACUACACUGAAAAAGAAAUUAGCUAAUGAUACCGUGGAUCUGUCUGGUAUGCCCCUCUUUGGCCGUGACUUGCAUCGUGUGGCAUACUACCUUCAAAACAUCAGUUCAUCUGUGACAGCAGUGGACCUCAGCUUUACAGAACUACAGGACGAGUGCUUACGGCUUCUUUUACCAUUCUUAGGAGUGCUACCCAAACUCACCACACUUGCCAUCAAUGGAAACCGACUGACUGUAGCCAUCCUUAAAGACCUGAUAGAGGUGGUUAAAGACCCAAAGAAGUUUCCCAGUUUGGCAUGGGUGGACCUGGGCAAUAAUGUAGACAUCUUCACAGUACCCCAGCCAUUACUGGUUGCCCUUCGCAGAAGAUUUGGAAUAAAAAGCAGCUUGCCUACCAUCUAUGAAUACAAUGAGGGCCAGGGCAAUAGAUACUGCUUAGAGACUUCAAUUGAAGAAAUCAGUGUAUUUGAGGAGGAACAGGAGGAGGAUAGAUAUGAUGAUCUGGAUGAUAAUCUGAUGCUUGAGCCCUGGAAUGAAGAAGAGAAAAGUAGUAACAUUACACUUCAUAUCUGUGAAAGGUGAUGGCCCCACAUGGUUCUCUUGCUCCUUUUAUACUAUGAGUCAAGGUCCAGUUUAUCAGCAUUGUCAAUGCAUGAAGCACCCUUUCACCACAAACCCUGACUGGAGCUACUAAAAGUGCCAUGAGAGAAAAUGGCCAUGGAAGUCUGGAGUCUUGAGGUGGGAUUUUAGAAGAACAGAAUGGUAUGUUAGAGAGGGAAGAAGGUCCGGACCUGUUACACACUCUGAAGAGAGACUGUAGCCUUCUUGCUCAGUCCUAGUAACCCAAACACACAGUGUACAUCACUGUCUUAGUCCAAGUGCUACAACAAGCAGCAGCCAAACCUUUGUUUGCCUCCAAAGUUUGUUCACCCUAAAAUGAAAGGUGAGAGAAUAGAGGAAAAGGAAAAGGGCUACUGGAGUGCCUACGGACUACAAAAGAUACUGAUGCUUGUGUGUGUGUGUGUGUGUGUGUGUGUGUGUGUGUGUGUGUUGAUAUGGAAGCUAGGGAGUUAGGGAGUGAAAAUAUAUUUGGAUUUUUUUUUCUUUAUUUUUAGUUGAUUCAUGUCUAUAUUUUGUAUUUAAAAAAAUAAUUUGAUGUAACAGAGGCAAACUAAUAAUAAUAAUGUAUUAGUUCUUCAUGCUGUGUGUGUGUUUGUGUGCGGUUGGGUUUGGGUGGUUUACGAGGACUUUUUUUAAGGUUACAAACUGGUAAUUACAAGGGUAUGAUGCUAUAAAUUAUAGUGUCCCCAUAAUUAAAAUAACUUAAAAACCAUACUAAACUAUGUUUUUUGGAAAAUGUAAAAGUGCAGAAAGUUUUUUAUUGUGAGGGGUAGGUUUAGGGGUAGGGGAUAGAAUCUAUAGUUUGUUCAGUAUAAAAAAUAAUUAUGUCUAUGGAGAGUUCUCAUAAGGAUAGCUGCUUCAAUGUGUGUGUGUGUGUGUGUGUGUGUAGAGAGAGAGAGAGAGAGAGAGAGAGAGAGAGAGAGAGAGAGAGAAAAUCCAUGCACCUUUGCUCCACAGGUGGUACCUACGAUGUUUCCUUUACAAGACGCAUGUCUGAUUUGCUCUUUACAUGGUAUGCUUUUUCUGUUGGCUGGUCAUCUCCAGUCUUUGACCUUUUAUGGUCUGUUUAUGACUCCAACAUCACAUUUUCAUUGUAGUAAAAUAAUGCAAUCAUCAUUUUAUUGUCAUAAAAUGUGUGACUUUGAGCAUUUGCAAAUAUUCUUUAUAUUUUAAACUGUUUUAUAAUGAACAGUUAUAUCGUGAUUGUUCUUGCUACAUUAUGUGAAAUAAACUCUAUAAUUGUUAGAAAGCUG